AUGCUUUCCCAACUCCUCCCCCUCCUAUCCCUCCUCCCCCUAACCACCGCCCAAUCCCAAGUCCAAGAACCUGCACCACCUCCCGUCCUCCUCUCCACAACAAAAUCCGGCGUCAUCCCCGCCCUCCCCACCGCAACCCCUUUCACAGGCGUCGACACCCUCCAAGGCGCCAUCAUCUCCCCCUUACCCCCCGCCCCAGGCUACCUACCCAACGCCACGGGCGGUCUCGAGGGCACCGCAACCGCAGCCCCAAACCAACCCUCAUCUACUUACCGCGCUGUGCUCCCAGAUGAACAAUACAAUCCCUACGUCGACACUACUGUAUCCGGCACCAUUGACGCAGUCGGCGACCCCCAAGGCGUCCGCUUCACCGUCAAGAUAACCAAUCUACCCGACCAAGCGCAGUACGGACCCUUUGCAUGGCACAUCCACGCCCUCCCCGUCCCGGACGACGGCAACUGCACCGCCACACUCGGCCAUCUCGACCCCACGAACCGCGGCGAGCUCUACAUGUGCGACGCUUCGGCGCCGGAAACGUGCCAAGUAGGUGAUUUAGCAGGCAAGCACGGCGGGAAAAUCACUUCAGAGGCGAGUUUCGAGGCCGAGUUUGUGGACCCGUAUUUGAGCGUGGAGCAAGGGUCAGAGGGCUAUUUUGGGGGGCUGGCGUUUGUGUUGCAUACGGGGAAUACGACGAGGAUUACUUGUGCGAAUUUCGAGGCUGUGCAAGGGGAAAAUGCCACGAAUGCGACUGGGGGGGUGGCGUCGCCGACGCAGAGUGGGAUGCCCGAGUUUACGGGGGCGGCGAGGAAGGUUGUAACGGGUGGAACGGUGGCGCUGGCGGUUGGGGUGUUUGCGGCGGUGAUGGCUUGA